GACCGAUCACCUCGACCCGCUGCACAGCGCCGCUCAACUCGCCACCGCGACCCGCCACCUCUUCUCCACCUCGACCUCCCCCUCGCACCUCGCCCAAGAUGAUGAAGAUCUGGAGCAUGCGCAAGUCGGAGGACGCUGCAGCAAAGUCCAAGCCAAAGACCUCGGCCGCCCUCAUCCGCGUUCAGAAGGACUUGACCGAGCUCGACCUCCCGCCGACGAUGAAGACCAACUUUCCCAACGCCGAGGACCUCCUCAACUUUGAGCUCACGAUCGCGCCGGACGAGGGUAUGUACAAGGGCGGCACGUUCAAGUUUACCGUCAACAUCAACAACAACUACCCGCACGAGCCGCCCAAAGUCAAGUGUGUCCCCAAGAUCUACCACCCGAACCUCGACCUCGAGGGCAACGUGUGCCUCAACAUCCUGCGCGAGGACUGGAAGCCCGUCUUGAACCUCAACGCCGUCAUGGUCGGCCUCCAGUACCUCUUCCUCGAGCCGAACGCCGACGACCCGCUCAACAAGGACGCCGCCAACGACCUGCGCCAGAACCGCGACCGGUUUGUGCAGAACGUGGCCAAGAGCAUGCGCGGCGGCGUCGUCGGCGGCGAGCAGUUUGACGACGUCAGGAAGUGAGCGUCUGAGGACGUCUCGCUCGGUGUGUGGGCGUGCGGGAGGAGCAGGAGGGGGUGAGGGUCGAGCCCGCCCGCCUCUGCCUCGCCUUCCUCCCCUCGCCCCUUCCAUCGUCGCUUUCCUUCCCCUCUCUCCGUCCCCUGUUUGUCACCAUUAGCCUUUCGCACCCGCCCCUCUUCUCGCUUUCGUCGGUCGUCGUCUCCUCGCAGCCUAGACGUGCAGUGCUUUGCCCGGCGUC